UGUGAAUUGUGUCCCUUUUUAUGGAAAUAUAUAUUUUAUAGCCUUUUUUCUGCAGAAAACAAAUUCUUAAUUUAUUGUUUCUCGAAUAUUAUUUUACCUUUUCUACCUUGUUUUGUUUAAUUAUCAAUAGAGUAAGAGUGGAGAAGCUAAUUCACUGUGCUUUGUGUGAUCAUCGCUUUGAUAUUUUCUGCAUUUGUAUCUACUCUAGAGAGAGAGAGAGAGAGAGAGAAGCUGGUGAAGAGAUCAUUAUUCAGAUAUUUUUCUUUCAUGAAAAGAGUUGCGUGGGGUUGUUAAUGUGAGUUUUGCUUACCCUGUUUGUGUGUGUGUGUGUGUGUGUGUGUGUGUGUGUUUUGAUACUGUCAUAUGCAGUUCCAGCCCAACCAAACCAUGGCAAACCCGUGACAGGACAAAAGGUUUGUGGACCAGAAAGAAAAAGAGAAGGAGAAAUAAUAUAUAAAUUGAAAAAGUAAAAGCAAUAGAAGAAAAAAAUUCUUAUCCAACACCCCCUCCUACCCACUUCUCUCUCUACUCUCUUCCCCAUUUAUGAGGGAACUCCCAAAUCAAAAAUCAAAAAUCAAAAUCCUCUGAUUCCAUAGACUCCAACCUUAAUUUUACUGUUCUUCUUGAUUUGUUUAAGUGUCUUUUUUUACUGUUUGCCUUCUAGAUGUGUGCGAUCUGUCCAAAUUUGGACUGUGUUGUGUGAUGAUGAUGAUUAAGGCAGGCCCAUUUGUGAUUUGUUGGGUGGAAUAAUCAAAUUGGGUCUCUUUUGAGAUCUGGGUGUCUGUAAAGAUAUUUUUCAAGAUUGGAAAGGAUCUCCUUUCACAAACAUUAGUCUGAUUAAGUCGAUUGAUUAAUCGGGUUGUUUAGCGGUUUCAAAAGCUAUGUUUUAAGGUUGUUAUUAGUAUAUGUGAAAAGGGGGUGGACAAUCAAUGUGGUCUAAUUUGCACAGUUUGGAUGGAUGUAUGUGAAUCAGAGCGAGUAUUACUACAGAAGCAAUCUACAGCAGAUGCAAGAAGACAACCACUGGUUCCAGCCGAGAAUAAGAAUGGUGCUGCACCUCGUCAAGCUCAAAGAAGAGAAGUUAGUUCAAGAUAUAGAUCACCUACACCAUCUACCGCCACCUGUCCGAAACGAUGCCCUUCGCCAAAUGCCAGAAAGAUCUCACCAAACCCGACUGCAUCGGCACCAAAAAGGGCUAUUUCAGCCGAAAGAAAACGACCCUCUACACCAUCUUCACCCCCAUCUCCAUCGACACCAGUUCAAGAUACAGCCGCAGAGACGCUGAUGUCAUCAAGAAAGUUAGCAGUGAAUAAAUUACCAGAGUCGUUAUGGCCCUCCACAAUGCGUAGUCUCACUGUCUCUUUCCAAUCCGAUACCUAUUCCGUACCGAUUAGUAAGAGAGAGAAACCUGCACCUUCCGAUCGCACUUUGAGACCAUCGUCGAAUGUUACUCACAAACAGGCUGAGGUACCUGCUCAGAGAAAGCCCACACCAGAAAGAAAGAGGAGUCCACUUAAAGGAAAGAAUUCUGUUGACCAAUCGGAGAAUUCUAAACCUGUUGAUAGUUUAAACCCUCGUGUAGUGGAUCAGCAUCGAUGGCCAAGCAGAGCAAAUGGGAAAUUGCCCACUUCUCUGAAUCGAAGCGUCGAUUUGUCUGAUAAAACGGGCAAGUUUACGUCUUUAUCCCGUCCUGUGAGGAGAUUAUCUCUUGAUGGGGCGAGUAAACCCUUGGUCAAAUCGAGCAGUGAUUUGUUAAUGCAAAUAUCACGUUCAAUUGAUGAUAGUUCGCUGCAAAUGCAAAGACCUGGUUCGUCGAGUUCGUCAGAUAGGACGAAAUUGGCAAAUGCUGCAGCUAGAGCUUUGUUGAGUCCAGCUACUGUGGUUCGACCUUCGUCACCUUCUAGAGGGGUAAGUCCGUCUCGAAUAAAGGCAGUCAACCCUCCGUCUAGAGGGCCGAGUCCUUCUCGGGUAAGACCGUCCAGCCCGUCCAGACAACCUCAGACUUCGACCUCUGUUCUUUCUUUUAUUGCGGAUAUUAAGAAAGGAAAGAAGGCUGCAAAUCACAUAGAAGAUGUGCAUCAAUUGAGGCUGUUGUACAAUAGACACUUGCAAUGGCGAUAUGCGAAUGCGCGAACUAGUGCUGUGUUGCAAUCUCAGAAAGUGAAAGCAGAGAAAAUGUUGUACAUAGUUUGGAUGACAAUUUCUGAUCUUUUGGACUCGAUAAUGGAGAGAAGGAUUGAGCUCCAGCAGCUGAGGCUCAAGUCGAAGCUCUACUCAGUUUUGAACAAUCAAUUAACUUGUCUCGACGAUUGGGCUUCAGUUGAAAGGGAUCAUUUGAACUCAUUAACAUCAGCCAUUCAAGAUCUUCAGGCUAGCACAAUUCGCAUUCCAAUCACAGGAGGAGCAAGGGGAGAUAUUGAAACUGUUAAGGCGGCUGUAUGCUCUGCCGUUGAUGUGAUGCAGGCAAUGGGAUCCUCUUUAUGUUCCACACUUUCAAGGAUGGAGGGAAUGAACUGCUUGGUGUCUGAACUUGCUAAUAUAGCAGCACAAGAAAGAGCCGUGCUCGAUGAAUGUGAGUUAGUUUUGGGCUCCACAGCUGCGUUACAGGUCGAAGAAAACAGUCUAAGGACGCAUCUAUUACAGAUGAAACAAGCUUGGAGAAACGGCGAAUCUCCGGUAUUAUAGGUAUUUUUUAUUAAAGAUAGAUAAAUUCGAUAGUUUUUUGCAUACUAUCGAGUGAUGCUAACAAGUCGAGCAGUGAUUCUGCACCGCCAUUCUUAUUUGGUUUCAAACUACUAUAGGUUUUUUUCUUUUCUUUUCUUGGUUUCUCUUUGUUUUAGUCUGUUAGCUACAGCUCGCUCUUCAUUUUCUCUAAUUGUAUUUAAUUUGUUAUAAACCAAUGAAAAGAAAAGGUGAAAGGAAGUGUGAAAUUUACUGUACUAACCUUGUCUCACACAUGAACCAGUUUAGUUACUUUUUUUUUUUUUAAUUAUUAUUAAUAUUAUCAU